AUGAAAAAUUAUGAAGAUAAUUCUAUAAUACAAACAUUAUAAUAGACAAAAAUCACAAAUUAUGAGUGUUGUAUUAUUUGUAAAACAAAAACAAGUUUAGAAUUUUUAUUUAGACCUCAAGAAUGUUCUCAUCAAUUUUGUAUGUAAUGUUUACAAGAGAAAUUAAAAAAUAAUUAAAAAAAUGAUUUUAGUUGUCCAAUUAAUGGUUGCAAUAGUAAAUUUAAUUAAAAAGAAUUACCAUCAAGUAUUUCUAAUAAAUUAAUAUAUUCUUAAGUAAUAUAAAAAUAAACAGAAAUUAUACGAAAAUCUGAAAUUUAAGAAAAAUCAUCUUAAUAAUCUAUUAUUUCUAGCAAUGCAAAAUAAAAUGAUAAGAAUCUAAAUAACUAAUGUCAUUAUUGUUUUAAAUAAUAUACAGAUAAUUUGAUAUACAAGAUUAAAUGUAGUCAUUUUAUAUGUAAAUCUUGUUUUAUGUAAAUUGAAAAUAAAAAUAUAGAUUAAUUCAAAUGUUAAGUAUCAAAAUGUAAUGAAAUUAUUAAAUUUAAAGAAUUAAAUCAAUAUUUUAAUAUGAAUUAAAGUUAAAACUCAUAAUAAAAAUGUGGUAAUUGUUAUUCAAUCUGUUAAAAAUCAGAAUCAUUUUGUAAUACAAAUUGUCAUCAUAUUAUAUGUUUAAAAUGUGUUAAUAAUAUUUAUAAAUCAUAAAGAACUCCAAAAUGUCUUAAAUGUAAUAUAGUUAUAGAUGAAGAAAAAUUAGAUGAAUUUUAUCUGUAAAUUUAAAUUAAAUCUACUGAAGAUAUAUCUUAAAUAAAGAGCUUUGAUCCAGAAUUUUAAGAGGAUUGUACAUUUUGUCAUUCUCCUUUUACAGAUUACAAUACUUAAUAAAAUUUAAAUUGUCCAAAUCAUGCAAUAGGUGCAUGUUGCAUAAUCUUUCCAUUAGAUUGUCCAUAAUGUUAGAUGAAUUCAUUGAUUGUUGAAAAAUGUAUUGAAAUUGUUAUAAAUUAGAAAAAUUGCAAUUUUUUUUAUUUUAUAAUGAUUCAGACUUUAUUAAAUAUCAAACAUAAGGUAAAUUCAAAUGA